AUGGGUUCAACCCAUGCUUGUCGUAUCGAGCGACCAACAGCCAGAUGCGGUGGGUCUGACGAUCCAUGUCAAUACAAUCCAAAACCUUCCUGCAGUGAUAAGGCUCUGAAUGAAGCAAGUCUAGAUUGUCCUGAAUCUUCAAGCUCAGUGGCACUCCUCGUGUUGAAACAGCUCCCUCUGGUGGUUAAAAUGUGGCAGGAGGACUCAGACGACCACCUGGUGCUCUCUGAGCUGGCCGAACAACAGUUUGCCAAUGCCAGCAAUGCAGACACCACAACAGAAGCCACGCCCACUGCCGAGGAGUUUGUCGAUGUUGACAUCGAUGUUGAGACUGGCGAGGCUCUGUCAGAUGAUUCGAUCAUCGACAUGGUCACAAAGAAGGAGCCAAAUAAGAAAGUGGCGGUGAUACAGAUGAUCAGGCAGCCCCACCACCUUGCUCGUUUGCUGGACGACAUAUGGACACCCGAACUGAUGAUCACCAACGGUGCAGACAGUAUUUCCUCCGACAUCAACUACAACAUCUAUAUCUACUUCACCGGUAUCGUUAUGAUGGAGACAUACUCCAUUUACAAGGUUACCUGCGACAUCGACGUCAAGAACUACCCGUUUGACGAACAGAGAUGUCAGAUGACCAUUUCCCCGGAAUAUGGCUAUGGGUUUGUUGUGAAGCCUCAGGUCAUUGACAUUCCUCUUGAGAAGUAUUUCUCAGUGAAUGGAGAAUGGUUACUUAUGGACACGGAUGUUUCCGUGAUUGAACUACGUCAACCAGGAAUUGAUCAUUCAUAUGCAGAGUUUAACAUGAUUCUCAAACGUCGAAGUGAUUUCUAUGUCGUCAGUGUUAUCUUUCCAAUGAUUCUUCUCUCUGUGAUGAACUGUUUAGUGUUUCUGCUUCCGGCAGAUUCCGAUGUGCUGAUGGACGUCCACGUGUAUAUAGACGACGGCAUGAACGUUACGCAGGUCGAUAGAUUUGGUGGUGGAAUUGGUGUGGGCAGCAUGACAAUGCCUGACCUCACGCUGAGCGUGUUUGCAAGGACUUCCUCCAGCAAAACAACGCUCAGGUAUUACCGUGGCCAAACCUUGAUCGACGCUUAA